AUGUUGGAGAAGGAGCCGCGUCGGAACCGCGCGGCUCGGUCACCCGGAGCAGGCCGGCUGCUCCCGGCGGGCGGUGCCGGCGCCGGCGGGGGCCUCGGUGCCCGGGGCUCCUUCCGGGCUCUCCCGCCCGCCGGGCUCCCUACCGGCUUCGGAGGCGGCAGCGGCGCUGCCGGGGCGAAGCGGCGGUGGGGCCAGGUUGAGCGCCGGGCGGGAGACGACGCCGCCGCGGACCCCGCGAUCCCGCAGCCGGCGACUGGAGCCCACCUCUGCAGAGACAAAGAUGCCUGAGGAUUCAGCAAACACUGGAGAAGCAGAGGACACAAGUUUGGAUGUGAAAGAGCAACACCUACUGCACUGAAGAAUAAUUAGACAAUAUUUUUAAUUAUACAAGAAAAUCCAGCAUGUUGUUGGACCCUUCCAAGCUAGAGCACUUUACAUGGGUCUAUACAUGUGGAACUGAACAGAGAUUGUUUAAUUCUAAGAUAUUCUGAGAACCUCAAUUGUCAUUUUUCCUCUACCUAAAAAAAAUGCACAGCUUUAUGACCCUCCUUUUCUGCUCGGGGAAGGAGGGCUAGGAAAAAAACUGCACUUUUGAAAAGGCAGCCAUAUUUGCAUUUUCCCCUCUUGUGCAGAGGUAAGCCAUGUGCUAGGCUUUGUGGAACUUCACAAAAUGGCAGCCCGUGAACUGACUUUUCUCUAGGAACCAUUGAGACCCACACCCCUUUUUGUGUGUUUCUGGUCCAUGAAAACAGAGAAUCUGAUUCACUUCGAA